AUGGGCUCAGUCGAACAACCUAAUUUUUCCGCGCCACCCACGGUCGCCUCAGCCAGAGGCCUUCUGUUGGAUUUCGAUGGAACAAUCAUCGACAGCACAUCAGCCAUCAUCAAGCACUGGCACAAGCAGGGCGAGAUCAUGGGGGUCGAUCCCAACAUUAUCCUCGCUAGUUCGCACGGCCGGAGAAGCAUCGACGUAUUCAAGAUGUACGACCCUUCCAAGGCAAAUUGGGAUUAUAUAAUCCAUCAAGAGAGCCUCAUUCCCAAGGAAUUCGGCCAAGAUGCGGUCGAAAUCCCUGGCGCCCGCAAAUUUUUGGCAAGCCUUGACGACGUCAACGUACCUUGGGCGGUCGUCACCUCGGGGACGAGACUCCUCGUCAAAGGCUGGAUCGAAGUGCUGAAGCUCGCCCAUCCACGCACCACCGUCGUGGCAGAGGAUGUCGAGAACGGUAAACCCGAUCCGACUUGCUACCUACUCGGUCGGCAACGCUUGGGCCUUCCCGAUACUGCCGAAAUGAUUGUCUUCGAGGACGCUCCUGCGGGCGUCCGCGCAGGAAGAGCGGCCGGGUUCAAGGUUAUAGGACUGGCCACAACCCACACUGUUGGUCAGCUGAAAGACGCUGGGGCGGAUUGGAUUGUGGAAGAUCUCAGAAGUGUGAGAAUGAAGGACUUCAAAGACGGCGUCGUGCAGGUGGAGAUCAUCAACGGAUUAGUCGACACCCCUUGA